AUGACUACAGAAACCCAACAAGACUUCCUCUACACCGGCUCCGCCAGACGACAGCCUCAGUCGACUUGGCAACCAGUUACGACAUCAAAGGAGUUUCCUGGCGACGUGUUCAGUCGGGCAUAUCUUGCCGCCGAACAGAUGCGAAGACACCGAACAGAGAUGGCCUCUAUACUGCGGUCUCGUGAAAUAGAACAAAUCAGUCGUCAACUCGUGGAUACCUACCGGGCAGAUGGGGUGCCGAGUGCUUCCCAACAGGAUGAACUGAGUCCACAGGACAUCUCAGUUAGCUUUGAUGUGUCUAGCCCUAUUACCGUACAUUAUGACAAGCUAUCAUCGGCCCUAGCAACAGAGCGUACUUGGUUCGAGACAGGAUUUCAUGAUGUUGCAGUUUAUGGAUCAAUUGUGACCAAAAUGCGGACAAUUAGCAUCUUCAUAGCAAAUGCCAUACGCGAUGAAAGAAUCAUCCUGGAUUUCCGAAGUUCGAUUGAUCUCAGAGAUAAGGUAUUGGGGGUUGCUAGAAGAAAAAUGGUUUUUGAAGAACCUCUCCGUUUAUGA